GAGUAAGUGAUUACAUCAUUUUCAUUUUGGUACUAAUAUAUUGUCCAUCCCUACAUUUAAUUGAACAAAAGUGGCCAGAUUUGAUUCCUAUGGACUGACUUUUACACAAAUCCUGUACAAACCCUCUAGCUGUAGAUUCAUUUGUGUUGUGAUUCCUUGAGGGAGUGUUAAUAUAGUCCUGUGCUGAAAAGCAGCCUGUCCAGACAAAAGGUCUGAUCGGCUGAUCAGAGACCCUGGCGUUCCCGUUCAUCUGCUCACACACUCCUGGAAUUCCAAUAAUCACUUCCAUGGAAACCCUUGACCUGGUCUCUUCAGAUGGAGUAAAUAUUGACUCGAGCGCCUCCUGCCUUGCUGUUUCUCGCUGAGUGGCUGUGUCUGGGAGUCAGAUCUUGACUGUGUGUGCCGUGUUUACUGUACAUUCAGAGUUUGACUUCCUGUCGAUGCAUGUUGUUUAGUAGGAUUCUCUUGUUCUUGAAAGGGUUGUGACCAGGUUUGGGCAGGUAGUGCACACACAUGCUGUAUUGUAAACUCUGUUCAAUGAUUUACUGAAGUGACAAUAAAAGGAAAGCAUGAAGAAGAAGAGGAGGAGGAGAGGAGGUCUAGGCCAUGGGUGGAACCAAGAGUAAGCCCAAAGACCUCAGCCACCGUUCCCGGAGUCUGGACGAUGGCUCCGGAGGACACCAUCAUAGUCCCAACCAGUCGUCCUUCACGCCCAACCGGAGCCCACCGGUGGACGGCCCUAGACGCGGCACCCAGCCCAACAUCAUCUGUGCGGAGCAGGCGCUGUUUGGAGGAGUGAACUCGAUCAAUAGUACCACGUCCCCUCAUAGGGUCGGCACGCUUUCCGGCGGCGUGACCACGUUUGUGGCUUUGUAUGACUACGAGUCACGAACCGCCUCUGAUUUGUCAUUCAGGAAAGGAGAACGACUCCAGAUCGUCAAUAACACGAGAAAGUUGAAUCCCAG